AUGGUGGGUUCAUCUAGUUAUUCGCUUAUUAUUAAGCCGAAAGUUGCGCUCAGGCAAUUUAACAUGUCUGGGCGGAUUGAUUGGACUCCCUCGGUCUUAAAAGUAGCGCGUGGGAACAACUGAUACAUGAUCAAUUAAUACACGUGUCAUAAUAUAAUCCAGCCUAAUUAAGGUUGUCUUCCGUCUAUUUGAAGCUUUAAGUUAAAACCAAACAAAGACAUCACCUGCUUUGCUUUUGGUUAACAGUGCAAUAUCUCAGGAAAACAGGAAGAACUAAGAAUGAAGGUAUCAUGCGCUUAGAUAAUUAGUUUACACAAUAUAGAUGCUCUGGGGAAAUACUGAUGUUGGUAAUUUGUAAAGCGCGUACUUGCGAGGGUCACAGGGCAGUGAAAUGGCAGUUAAUAUACCCUACUACUAGCCGAGGUUUCUUUCCAGUAUGGUUUUAAGCCGCUUACGAAGUUUUUUACUUUUUGCCUCCCAAUACAGACACGAAAAUUAAAACCGGCCGUUGUUGCUUAUCGCUGAUUAUACCCUUUUACAGUCAUCUGACGUCAAGUUAGUUAGUAACGCAUAAACGCUUCCUUGAGAAAGUGUGCUCUCUCCCCAGUCCCCGUGUGUUUUGCCAUUCACGACCGCUGUGCAACACUAUCUUGGAGCCUGGAACAGGCUAAGAAAAAGUACACGAUAGCCCACGUUCGAUAUAUUAAAAUUCUAACAUGACUCCGAGACUUUAGGAUCAAAAUUGCAAAUUUUUCACGUCUCUGUUCUCUCACAAUUCCCAUAAGAGACUUGAGCACAUAGAAAACCAAACCAAAAAUAGAAAAAUGACCAGAAAGCCUGAGAAUCUAACAGAGUACAAAGAGAGAGAGAGAGAAAAUUUCCGGUUUUCGCAUAUAAAUGGUAAGUACCCCAGGUCCACCAUAUUCAAUAAUUUUAAAUUGCUGAGUGUAUGUUCAAUACAAAUUGUCAUUUGCAGAUUUCUUAACAAAAGUCUUGUAGAAAACUCUAGCAAGGAUUAGAAGGCUUUUGUCAUAAUUAAAUUGAAUCCUUGGAUUCGUACCCCUCCCUGCCUGCUGAAGGCGUUCAGUUAGUGGAGAGUAAAAUUGCUGGGCGUUAAUUAAUCCUGCAUGAGAACAUGAAGAUAUGAGAAAGAAAUAUCAGAAAAAAAUUUGUUGAAUAAAUUGUAACAAAAUAAGUGCCCAGUAAAAUGAAUUAGCUUGCUAAUAAUAAAAUUCAUUCUCAGUUAAAACAGUUAUGGUUAAUUUUAGAACUCUCUAACAUUGUAGGGCAGGGAGGGUUGUGUCAAAAAGAAACAGAGCAUGUAAGGUGUCAACAUAAGGAGUGUACUAUUGUUCACUGACGCAGCAUAAUUAAGUCUAAUAGGGUCAUUCCUGCCUUGCAUUCAAGCCCUCUCUGUAAGUUAUCUGCUUUCCUACAGAAUAGCCAGUAGAAAGAGAAAUACAAAAGUGUAAAAAUGUGAGAUUAAAUUUAUCCCCUGACUCAUGUUGUUCAGGCUGAAUGAAAAUGUCGGUCUGUUUCACUGUACCCAGAAGUGUUUCAUUUGCCAUCGCCCGACCAACCUAUCUUUUUGGAAAUAGGAAAAAAUCAGGAGAAUAAGAGUACAUCCUUUGGUUUUCAGUAUUUAAAGUGAACACUGUUUUCUUGCAAUGCUUUUUAAAGCAGUUACGGUUUAUGAAUUAUUUCUUUCUUAAAACGAGCUUUCCUAAAAGUUUAAACAGAUUCAUCCCGCGAAAAUUUAUGCGGACAUUUUAUAUCUUUCUUUCUUGCUUGCCCUACCGACGGACCCACUUUUUUGUUUGAGACGGAUGGAUGAAUAGCAAAACAUUGUUUGGGCGUGGCCUAAAAUACCAAAAAAUCAAUGAAACCAUACGAACUAUCGCUAUGUUCGAAAAAUUACUUGAACUUUGGCAAAGGUUUUCCUUUAAGAGUAUUUACGGCAGACGCUAUAUCUGUGUCUUCAAACUGAUCAACGGCAGACUCUGGCAGCACUGCAUUUCUUUACAAGAUGUAUACACGGCCUCCCUAGAAAAAUCAAUCGUGCACACUUCCAUGCCAUCGUCAGGUUGAGAGGUUGUUUCUGAGUGUCUGCUGAGAACUUCUUCUAGGAGAAGAAUCUUCGUCUCGCGUGUUACUAUCUCAUCUUUCCAGUUCGUCGCAGCUUUGUCGAAAGCAAAGCAUACUUUCUUCUGCAUGUUUCGCAAGGUGUUAAGAUGGCUCGUGAGGCCUAGCUUGUUAAAACAGUCCAUCUCCUCCUUCUUACAACCUCCAAGCACUAGAAUGGUGUAAAUUCUAAAUGUAAAAUAAGAGUUCGGAAUCCAUGGAUUCAGAAUGCUUGCAAAGAUCACUGCCUCCUUGUUUUUCCCUUUCUUUACUUUUUCGUUCCUUGGAAAUGACGAAGAAACAAGGCAGUGCAAGUUGGGUGCUUUUUGUUGGAUUUCUCUAAUCAAAUGGUCAUUUCGGAAAUCAGCAAGCUUCUCUAACUCCCCUCGGUACUUGUACGUGUUCGUCGGAUCUUUUGAGUAGUUCUUUAGUUCUCUCUUUAUUUCUUUUCCAAUCUCUUCUAACACUUUAUCGUGCAGUGGAGAAAAUUUAGUGACGCCAACUGCGGCGCGAGCGAGGGGGCCGACCCCUCGCGGCUUCGCCGCUCGCUCGCCCGUUCUCGCGAGACUCGCUUCACUCGCUCAAAUAGGAGAGCUUGCUCGCAGGCUAAUAUCGAUAAACAGUUGUCAAUAUCAGUUCAAAUUUGUAACAGCUUCUUUUCGUUGAAUAUUUCUUUACCUGUAUCAGAAGGAAAAAAAUUAAAUUAUUGCCUCCAUUGAAAGAAACGCUAAUUGCAAGUACCUGCCGUUAUUAAGCUUAAUUAAGAAUUUAUCUAUCUGGAAAAAGAACCACUCGCCUUCACGACUGGCCUGGACGCUGUUUCGUCCUUUGUUGUUGUUACCACUGAACACAUCAAAUUCGCUAAAGCGCCUCCAAGAUUUUCACCCUCAUUCCGAUCGGCUUCGAGCUGAAAUAAAAAUAUCCUUGACCGACCUUUAGGUUCUCUUGGCUCUUGUAUUUGUAGUGGAAUAUCCUUUAUUUUCUUGGAGUUCGGUGUCGAUCCGCUGGUGGAAUUUCCAUGGAGUCUCCACCUUUCGUAGACUCCGAAUUGCCCUCGUCGAUCCUGGCUUUGACAGCACUUUCAAGUUCAUGGAACAUCGUGCAGCAAUUGAAAAUUUUUUUUUUUCUUGCACAUUUUUUGCAAGCUGAUCUGGAUUCUUCGUUCUCUGCACUACAAACACCUAUCCCAACGUUUCUGAGUAAGUCCCACAACACGAUACUGCCGGCGGCGGACGAUUUUUUUUCCGUUAACUCUCGAUUUCUUGUGGCCUUGCAUAACGGCACAGCCCCUGCUAGUAGAAUUUCAUCACAACGAUAACAUUUUUUACUUUUUUCAGCGAGCACCAUCUGAACAUCGCAGUGUAAUUUUCUUUUCUCUUCCCGUGAGAGACAUAGAGGGAUAAUGGGGAGAGGGCAUGAUCUCAGGCUACUUUUCCCUUGUGAGGGCAGACGUUUUUCGCGCCUCGUUGAAACGAGAUUCCCGCCAAUGUACGCAUACCGGCUGACUUCCGGUAAAUGCUGAUUGGCCCAUUAACUUGACAGGUAGAGCUGACGUUCAGGUUUAUUUAAAUUAGAGGGCGGCUGGCGGCAUGUUAAAUACAUGUAUCAGGCGUUUUUUUUUUCCUCUUGCCUCGUCCGCCCUUGAAAAAAAAAAACGUAACAUGACGGCGUUUGGUUUUCCCUUUACAUAUUUUUAAUUACACACUAUCGUACGCGAUAUUUGUAUGGAUAAAAUGGUUUGCUUUUCCUCCCAUACAACAAAGUGAGACCACCCGGGUGCGAGGGUAAUUAAACAGAAACCCUUGGCGAGAGCAAGUAUAUACAAACUGACUGAUCUGAAAUUAUUAAAGAGGAACUUUAUAGUUUCUAGAGAAGCUGAGAUGUUGCAUCGAUGGGAAAGUAAAACACAAACGUUUGGUUUUAUCAACUAACUAGAUCACCACCGUAUUAGGAAGUCAGUUGGCCUAGUCUAUCUACGGCCGUGGCCAUUUUCCUUUACCAAGUGGCUCAGUUAACAAGCAAAAUUUUUAUACAAGCACCUGCUUUGCUGGGCAAUAAAUGGCGGGAUUAAAGUCUACAGUUUAGAAAUAUUUUUAAAACUAAACGCAAAAUCUAUGCCUCAACGCUUUCUGAUACCGGUUGUAUUUUUAAGUAUUUAGUUAAGUUGAUGUACUGAGUAUGAUAUGAGGGCCACUCUCCCAGAGAUCUGGCGGAAUAAGGCAACACGAGUUGUUUACUUUCAUGGAAGAAGUGACAUCUUGAAAUAACUUUUAGGGAACAGGGGACUUUGUUGAGUUUUUCAGGUAACCGGGGAACAUUGAAUCUCUACCUUUAAGUGAAAGAAUCCAACAGCAUACUUUUACUAAUCGGGCCCUUAACGAGGCGAAUUUCUCAGUUAGUUGCGACUUGUUUGUGAGUGUACCAAGGCCUCAUUUCAAUAUGUCUGGUGAAGAGUUUGUUUCGCGUGUUAAGCUUUAAUUUAUAGUUCAAAUACCAUUGGCUUGACUCGAACACCAUUACGAUUUUACUGUUCCGGAAGCUUUGGAAACUUGGCAAAAUUGACUUUUGAGGACCAUGUGGAAUUACUCGUUAUGGCCGGAACAAGGGGGGAACUUCAAAUUAUUGAAGGGACAGCAAGGGAUGACAUUGAAUUUUAAUGCCAUAAUUAAGACACAUUAAUAAUAACAAUACUUUUUAAUGUUUGUUUUAGUUGUCUUAAUUCAGGCAUCCGUUUUCACUAAAUAAGGAUGAAGUUGAAAUAGUGGAUACGUAGCUAAAACUCAGUUUCAAGAGAAAAGACAAAGUACGUCAUGAGCUCUUCGCGCGCUUUGCUUCUUAUAACAAACCCAAAAGUUAUAAAACCGACCUUGUUGCGAACAUAUUUACAUUUUUUCCAGACAUUGAGGCUGACCUCAAGCUUGGUCAAUUAUGCUUACACAUGUAAAAACGGUGAUGGCUCAAGCUUGUAAACUUAACAGCAUGUGUUAUUGAAAUUUUGUGUAUGGCAAGCUUUGGGGCCAACCAUUCGCAGUAGGAUAUUCACUUAACAGAUGAUGACAAAUUCGUUAAGGAACCGUCGAGUAUAUUUUCCAGUUUCUUCUCCACUCCAAUCCUGGAUCAGUCUGCCCUGAUGCUUAAAGGGACUGUGACACGCUUUUGCGCAUGCGCGGCGUCUUGAUUUCUGGGUCUGGCGAUCUUUUUGCAAGAUUGGCUUUUGGUGAAGAAAUCCUCUUCCAUCGGCCCUGAGAAGCCCGAGAAAACUAUUAUAUCAGCAUUCAAGAGUUAUUUGGUCCAUUUUGGAAGUUUUAAACGUAUAUUUUGUAUCUUUGUGCAAGCAUUGUCGAGAAAAUUCGAAGUCAUUGAGGAGAAUGUUAGGGUACAUUGUUGCUCAGUCUGCUUCAUUGUAUGCGCUUCUCUUCGUAAUCCUUACUAUUUAUUCAGUCUAUUCUGUCUACUUCCGUGUAACUAACUGUAUUCAGGGAUAUAUAUUAUAUAGAUAAAUUUGUUUUUAGGUCAGUUCGGAAAUCAAAAGUUCCACCAUGUCUCAAAUGUCUGUUGUUAAGGGUCAAAGGAUGGUGUUUACAAGCUGUCAGAACAGCUGAACACACUUUAGUUUUUACUAGCAAACCUUUGCUGGUCAGUUAAGUCCUUUGCUAAAAGAUUUUUGCACCCAUCUCUUUGGUGUUGGGAUCAAUCCAAAAUAGAAGUUGGACGCACGGUAAUUGCAGCAAACAUCAUAAGUGUAGUUUCAGUCUUUCACAACUAAAGGUUUAACUGAGGUUAAGAAACACCUCUUCAAGCUUAUGUAAGAAACACAGAAACAAGAUCAAAAGAUAGAAAUAGGUAGAUGUAUUCAGCUGUGGAAUAGGAAAACAAGCGUUUCCUGUUAACGAAGUUCGUUUACUUAAACCUGGAGUUGGUUCUCACUUUCGCUUCCAAACUUGAAUCAUCAUCAGAUUUCCUUAUCUCAUUAAAAUCUAACCUAAGGCCACGCGUCCUAACACCUUUCGAGUUCUUUGUUCUCUGUUGAACCAGUUUUAGCCAAAUUUCUGACUUACUUUUCUGACCUCAAACUAGAAUUUCUUUCGACACAAUCUUAGAAAAAUUUAGUUUCUUUCAAACUAUCGUUUUGGUUCCCUGUAAAGGAAUUUGGGUAUAGAGAUAUUUCUAGUUUUGCAAAUUUCUUGCACGCGUAACUGAAGUCAACUCAAUUUCAGUUCCUUUUGUUUUCUAAACUCUGACACUAACUAACACCUUUUCCUUGCAUAUGAAUGCCAUGUAAAACUGUAGUUGUAACUUAAUUGUUUAAUAUAAAUAGAACCUCUUGUGAGUAGCUUCACAGUUACGCCUUGAGAUCUGAGAUGGCUAAGAAGAGUUUGUAACUUCAACGGAAAGAUUAAAACCAUCGUCAACUGCCAAACUCUGGUUGUGUCACCUCUCUUCACGUAAUCCUAAAGUCUGUAGAAGUCCCCCUCUAGAAGAAGUGCACCGGAAGCCAUAUUCUUUGUUGUCAGUGUUCCUACAAACGGACCAAAUGUGGCGUUUAAUGUGUUCAUCUGGCUUUCAUUUGUGUCUAUUAAGUUCUCCAGUCAACGAUCUACCAUUUCCGGAUAGUUUUUAAACGUUAAAUAUGUAAAGAAAGUUGAAAAGGGUUUCCUCGAUAUAGACGUUGACUACCAAUGGGAGGCAGCGGCGAGUAAAGCUGAUCUGCGACAUGACUUCCGAUUGUCUGCAACAAUUGACUCUCUCGAGUGCUUGGAAUCAGAAGGAGAAAACCGAGUAAUCUUUUGUUGUACAGGAACCCGUGUGUGGUUUGAAGAAAGAAUCCAUCGAACAUGAAACGUUUUAACAAGCAUUCGAUGUCGCGCGAUCUUUACCGAUCGAGGUGGUUCACUUAGAAUUUCCUUGUAUCUUUGCUGCAUUAGCGUAGAUGUUUAAGAAUUGAUCUUUUUAAAAUAAAUUGUUACCUGAAUGUUCUGUUAAUUAUCUGGUUUCUUUAUGUUUUGAACUCGAUAACGUUUGUUUUGCGAACACCCGACGGAACGACCAUAGGCGUACGGGCUAUUUUUUGCCAGGGGGGCGGUAAACCAUUUGCCCAAAAAAUUUUUGCAAGUUGCCCAAAUUUUUACAAAACAGCCGAACAGAAACGAGGGCCGAUGCAACAAGAUAGGCCGUACUGGCAUAUGAAAAUGGCUCCAUACAGUUUUUAAGGGUCAAUACCUGCCAAGUUUGAACAUAAACUACGUCGCCACAAACAAACAUUUGGAAAAGUUGCCACCACAGGUGUAUUAGAUAAAGAUGAAAAUUUGUUGUGAUCAGGUUUGCAAUGACAUCGGAGUUGUUGUAGCAACGAAAUGAAGCCAUUACCUAUUAUACUUGCAGCAAUAUUUCUCCCUGGGAACUGUUCUUCUAAAAUCGAUCACAGGAGCUUUUUCCUCCAAAGGUCGCCUCGAUGUUUGUGACGUUAAAACGGAAUCUGUAAGAGCGUUAUCGAGAUAUUUUGGGAUAAAGUUUUUAUCGUUGGAAAUACGGUAAAAAAGGAAAAUCUUGAUGUUUGGCCGUUAUCUGUAGAAAACGAUGCACUUUUGACAUGCAAUUUCACCUCGUAGUAGUUUCAAUCUUUUCAAAAACGUGGGUGAUAGAUCAUGGAGAUAGCUCCGGCCAAUUGCUACAAAGAAGGAUUUGAUUAGGAUGUAUCAUGGCGCUCCUGUUAGCGGUUUUGUAAACAUUUCAGUCUACUUUAACAAAUUAUUGAAUAAUUUUUAAACCGCUCGAUAGACUUUUUUAAAAAAAAUCAAGAUUCUUCUCGCAACUCAACUGAGAAUUAGUCAGCCACUUCUUCACUUUAAGACCCAUUGCUGAUGCUAUCUGCCAUACACUGUUCUACGAGCGGAGAUGAUUGUAGAAAGUUAGGCGGAAGUUUAUUCUAAUAAAUUCACGAGUGGAAAUAGCCCAUUGCAGUCAGUGCCCAACAAUAAAAAAAAAAAUCAGCAUAUGAUACCUUUCCCUUACAACCAGAAACUCGUCACGUGCUAGGCAGACACUGUCUCGUGUCAAUGUAACUGGAUUAUUACGCCGACUUGAGGUUAAAAUAGAAAAUAUUUAUCUCUUCUGGCUUUGCCCAAAUUUUCUCGUGCUGCCCAAAAAAUCUUAGUUGCCCAAACUUUGGGGGGGCUGCGGCCCCCCUCGCCCCCCCGGCCCGUACGCCUAUGGGAACGACUAAGAAGGGAUUUGUUUAGUUGCUGAUAAGCAAUUGAAAUUUAUGCCAUGGUGAUGGGCUCCUGUUUAUGCUUAAUUUUCCUUUGUUCUUUUAGAAUAAUAAUCUUUAUACUUAUAUGUUAUGUGGCUACUAUUGCAAUGGAAGCGUUUUAUGAUGAGGCGCAAUUAAAAAUUGCUUUCAAACACUGUUACGAGAAUGCCAGAAGGUAAAAUGGCGGUUCCGUCUCCAGUAAGAGACUUAAAAAUGAAUGGGUGUACCCAUUUAGUAUUUUCGUGUCAAAUACAUUGACACUCAACGUCAGUCAAUGGAAUUUUCUACCAAAUACUGCAAUGACUUUAUACAUCUAGCUGGCAAAACCAACACUUAGUAAGACAUGAAAAGUCUUCAAAAUCGUCAGUAAGUUAGUUUUACGUCUUAAUCUUUCUCUCUCGUUCAGUCUGAUUAAAACUGUUUUCUAUUUGACUGCAACUGCCAUUUUUAGUGAUUCAGUAGGCCCUCGUCUGCUUACCUUACUAGAUAAUUUACGGGGUCUUUAAAAAAUUAGCUUAAGUGGUCAUUAGACUGUUCCCUCUUGUUGAAAGAUCAGAGAAGUAAGGCAAGCUGUAAAAUCAACUUUAAGACAACUAUGCUGUUGAUCGAGAUAGUUUACAAUGCUUUCAGCUAUAGAUUCAUGAAAGUUUUGAAAAUUCUCCUUAUUCUUAUAAUAUUUUUUGCCAUCGCAAGGUUUGUCCCUUUCUCAUUUUUCAAGAUCUUUUAAAUUAUCUGAUGCAAAAAAAAAGCGAUGCAUUGCUUUUGUGAACUUUCGGUAGGAUGUGUUUUUAAUUUUCUUGAUCUGUAAAAUUGAGACAGAAAGCAAUUAAGGGCUGUAGUAUAAAUAAGAGCUAUAAAUCCACUUGCAAAUUGCGCAAAAGAUGUUUUUGUGUAUUUGAAUACUGUCUUCAACAUGACGGCGUUUGGUUUUCUCUUUACAUUUUUCUAAUUUCACACUAUCGUACGCGAUAUUUCUAUGGGUAAAAUGGUUUGCUUUUCCUCCCAAACACCAAAGUGAGACCACCCGGGUGCGAGGGUAAUUCAACUGAAACCCUAGGCGAGAGCAAUUGAAGCGAACACGAUUAAGUAUAUGCAAACUGACUGAUCUGAACAUAUUAAAGAGGAACUUUAUAGUUUCUAGAGAAGCUGAGGUGUUGCGUCGAUCGGAAAGUAAAACACAAACGUUUGGUUUUAUCAACUAGAUGGCCACCGUAUUAAGCUACGGCCGUGGCCAUUUUCUGUUACCAACUGGCUCAGUUAACAAGCCAAAUUUUUAUACAAACACCUGCUUUGCUGGGCAAUGAUAAAUGGCGGAAUUACUCGCUGGAUUAUUAAAGCUAGAGUUUAGAAAUAUGUUUAAAACUAAACGCAAAAUCUAUGCUUCAACGCUUUCUGAUACCAGUUGUAUUUGUAUUUAGUUUAGUUGAUGUACUGAGUAUGGUAUGAGGGCCACUCUCCCAGAGAUUUGGCGAAAUAAGGCAACACGAGUUAUUUACUUUCAUGGAAGAAGUUAUAUCUUGAGAUGACUUUUAGGGAACAGGAGAAUUUUUGAGUUUUUCAGGUAACCGGGGAACAUUGAAUCUCUACCUUUAAUUGAAAGAGGAUCCAACAGCAUACUUUUACUAAUCGGGCCCUUAACGAGGCGAAUUUCUCAGUUAGUUGCGACUUGUUUGUGAGUGUACCAAGGCCUCAUUUCAAUAUGUCUGGUGAAGAGUUUGUUUCGCGUGUUAAGCUUUAAUUUAUAGUUCAAAUACCAUUGGCUUGACUCGAACACCAUUACGAUUUUACUGUUCCGGAAGCUUUGGAAACUUGGCAAAAUUGACUUUUGAGUAUUAUGUGGAAUUACUUUAUGGCCGGCACAAGGAAGGAACUUCAAAUUAUUGAAGGGACAGCAAGGGAUGACAUUGAAUUUUAAUGCCAUAAUUAAGACACAUUAACAAUAACAAUACUUUUUAAUGUUUGUUUUGGUUGUCUUAAUUCAGGCAUCCGUUUCCACUAAAUAAGGAUGAAGUUGAAAUAGUGGAUACGUAGCUAAAACUCAGUUUCAAGAGAAAAGUCAUGAGCUUUUCGCGCGCUUUGCUUCUUAUAACAAACCCAAAAGUUAUAAAACCGUCCUUGUUGCGAACAUAUUUAAUAUAUUUUUUUCCAGACAUCUUGGCUGACCUCAAGCUUGGUCAAUUAUGCAUAUACAUAUAUAAACGGUGAUGGCUCAAGCUUGUAAACUUAACAGCAUGUGUUAUUAGAAUUUUCUGCCAAAUUGAAUUACUACAAUAUAAGCUGACAUAGGUAAUUUGCAAUGCACCGAAAACACCUGAAAAAUCAUUGAAUAGACCACCGAGUUAGUUUUACCUGGUUCAUUACAUGCACAGUUCGACUAUAUGGUUUGAAAAACUACAAAACUCAGUGCUAAACCCCCAUCCCAUUUCUUCUCUGUCUGCUGGCCCGAUGAAACGAGCCCAUAUUGUUUUUUUUGACGUCAGCUUUAACGAACAAUUGACAAAACUCGCAGAUGGGCUUUAAGUUAUUAGUGAAAGACUUGAAAGACCCACGAGUCAUAUCACUUUCCACCCAAAUUAACUAAAAGCAAUAUAUAAAUAAAGCAAUCACUUGGAUCUCAAUGCAUUGCUGACAAAAAUGUUACCAGGGACAAACUUCACUGAAGAUGAAAACCAGAAAACGUACUAAGAACUGGUCUGCUCGGCGGAAUUUAUCAGGGGUGUAGACGGCGAGCUUAUUUUUAUUUCAGCUCUAAAUAUUUUUCUGUCCAUUACUGCAUUUCUGGGAAACACUCUGAUCCUAGUUGCCCUACACAAGGAAACUUCACUUCAUCCGCCGUCCAAACUCCUGUAUCGUAACCUGGCGAUAACUGAUCUUUGUGUUGGUAUCAUUGUGGAGCCUCUGUUUGUGACUUAUUGGACUUCUGUCGUGAAAGAAAGAUGGGAUAUUUGCUAUCACGCAAGUUUGGCAGUAGUUUUCUCAGGUUAUACUUUGUGUGGAGUGUCUUUAACAACUUUGACUGCAAUAAGUGUGGACAGACUUCUCGCCUUGUUGCUGGGUCUCAGAUACAGACAAGUUGUAACUUUCAGAAGAACAUGUAUUACUGUUUUUGGUUUUUGGAUUUUGUCCAUCGUUAGUUCAUCUACUAUAUUUUGGAAUCCUCAUAUACUACCUUGGUGUCAAUACAUAAUUACAGCCCUGUGUCUAGUCACCACAAUCUUCGCUUACACAAAAAUUUCCUAUACUCUGCGUCAUAAUCAAAUACAUGUUCAGAACCAUGUUGCUCAAGGACAACCGAGCCAAGCAAUUCCCGCACUGAACAUAGCUCGAUACAGAAAGGCGGUGUACAGUGCACUGUGGGUGCAGGGAACAUUGGUUGUUUGUUAUCUGCCGUUUUGCAUCGUGGAGGCUUUGAGACCUCAAAGAGGCAUUUCUUUAUCCGUUUACCUUCCACGGCAAUUUGCGAUUACCUUAGUGUAUUUGAACUCAUCAUUAAACCCAUUGUUGUACUGCUGGAAGAUCAGAGAAGUGAGGCAAGCUGUAAAAGAAACAUUAAGGCAAAUGUUCCGUUGUUAG